GGGAGGGGAAAGGGUCUCCUGUCUGAUCCUUUGUCAUGGGAAGACUUUCCUCUGCUGCUUCAGAGCGGAGAGGCAGGCAGAAGGAGGACUUCAAAACUUACAGAUGGCCAGCAGAGGAUUUUAAACUAUGUAACUGGGGCGGAAAACAGAGGUACCAGCCGAAUCGUCCAUUUUUGGCUCUGAUUCAUCUGAAAGGGUGGAUCAUUGUGAUGAACAGCAUGCUUCCUCAAAGAAGCGCCGUUGCCACUUUGGGCUACGCUUCUGACUGUUUGAAGAUUGAGCACAACAGUGGCAGCUCAGGAGGGGGGGCAUUGCUGAGAAGUUCUCGCUCUAAAGCAGAACUUCAGGAACUGAUGGAGACCCUGCAGCGCAGAAAGAGUGCUCUUGAGGCCAGCCUGAGGGCAGCAGAGUGCAGUCGCAAGUACCUUAGCGUACCUUCACCAGUUGCUAGCCAGCCCAGCAGGCCACUGUCUAUCCUCAGCAACACAGAGAGACCACCUUCUGCCUCCAGAAACUUUUCUUACAUUAACAGUAACAGUGUGCCUCCGUCGCCCCGUCAGGGCGAGCACCAGAUUAGUUCCAAUGGCUUGUUUCGUCAUUCCUAUUCUCGCCACCAGUCACAAGACAGUCUGCUGCUCUCUAAUGCAUCAGAUGGAACUUCUCUGCUGUCCUCCUAUGGGGAGCCAGUGCCUCGUUCUCCCCGGAUCAAGAGUGGGGCAGCCAGUGUGCCAUCCAGCCCCCGAAUGAGCCGUAGACUCAACUCUCAAAGCAAAGCUGUUGGAGAGUUAAGGCAGAGGAAAUACUCCACUGGUUCCCUCAACAACCUGGGGAUGCAUAGCCGUUCUUUGCCACGACUUCACAAUGCUGCAGAUCCCCCUGUUUUGUCGCUGCCCUCUCGUCAUUCAGUGGGUUCCCAUAGAGUGAUGGUCUCAGCAGGACAGAGGCGCAGUCUUUCCUCCCUUGAGCAGCCCCCAGAUGUGACAGUGCCAGCAAGCAUGCCCAGCACAUCCAGGAGGUCCAGCCUUGCUUCCCUGAGCUCUCUGGGUGUAGAGAUUGAUGGCACAGGCCUAGAUCUGGGCUUAGGAGAGAGGAGGUUGUCAUUUGGGAAAGGCGGGUUAAGUCCAGGACAGAGAGUGGGCAGCAUCAGUUCUCUGAAUGGCAAAGAAGAGCUAAGAGACUAUCACCAGCAUCAGAGAGAUGAACGGCUCAGGGAGCAGAAAGUGCAGAAAUUGGAAUGCCAGCGUCUAGAGACCAUCUUAAGCCUGUGCACUGAAUUGGGACAGGUGGCAAGAGAGCCAACAGGGUCAGCUGUUUCUGAUCUGCAAAAGAUUAAUAAGGAGCUGGAGAAGCUACAGGUGUCAGACGAUGAGUCUGUGUUUUCUGACUGCCCCAGCAGCACUGCUCAAGACACCUGCUGUGGGGCCAAAGCCAGAGAUCUUCAGCUUCUUGAGGAGCAGCAGGCCAGCCAGCGUCAGCAGGGAAACUACAGGUCUCACUCACCUGCUAUAAGUCUGAACAGCAGCGCUCCUUCUCCUUCUACACACCACAGAUCCAAAGCAUUGGAGAGCAUGCAGCUGAAACAGGAGGUAACUCAUAUAGAGGAAGAGAGAAUCCAGGUUUUGAACAACAUUGAAGAGCUGGAGCAGAAGAUCAAAGACCUGGACAACCAGAUGGAGGAGUCUCUGCGUGAGAUGGAGGUGGAGUGCGCCCUGCUGGACGGAGAACAAGAGUCUGAGAUGGCUCAGCUGCUAAGGGAAAAGGAGCUGUUGGAGGAACUCAAAGCAAAAAUGCAAAGUUUCGAGAGAACAAGCAAUACAGAAAAAUCUCAGGAAAGAGAGGAGCAGGCAAAAACCUCAGAGGAUUUGGAAUUUCAAAAGCUGGAAAGAGAAAUCAAGCAGGAAGAGGAAAAGGAGAGCCAAAGCCAAGAGCUGCUGCGGGACAUCGCAGAGUAUCAGCGUCUCAGCAUCACUCGCAAGGAAAGAAUCAUGACUCUGAAGAAACAAUCCUCGCAGAUCACUUUACAGGCUCAGCAAGAAAAAGAAAACUUCCAAAGAGAGAAAAACAACCUGCUUGUCAUGCUUCAAAAGGAGAGACACAAGCUGCUGUCUUUGGAAGGAAAGUAUGCAGAAUUGUCUGAGGGGCAAAGUUUGAUCAACAACCCUGCUGCCAUCAAAGAGCACUUGAACUCCCUAAAGGAGAGGAGAAGAAGCAGCAAAGAAAGCUCUUCCAAUCCUAUCGAAAGCAUUCCUCAUAAGAGAAGCCAACAGCUCCUUGGCUCCUAUGGCAGAUCUCUGGGACGCACACUUCCUCCUAAGGCUCAUCUACCUUUAUCCCAAAGCUCCAGCUGUGGCAGUGUCAUACCACAAGGCUUCAGCUUCUCCCCACGGGAAGUGAAAGCCCGCCGGCUGCCCAAGGGAAACAGCUACAUUCACAUAAACGAUGACAGACAGAGGCAAAGCGAUUUUUGCAGCAGGAUGGUCUCUGAGCCCAACAUGUUCCUGGACCCCUUCUCCUACCCAGACAACAGCCAGGUAUCGGACACCGUCAGUGUGGACAGUUCGGACAGCUUGGAGACCAGUUUCUCCGCCUGCUCUCCGGACAACAUCUCCAGUGCCAGCACUUCCAAUAUGGCAAAAAUUGAGGAAAUGGAGCGUUUACUCCGAGAGGCCCAAGCUGAGAAGCUGAGACUCCUCGAGCAUCGGGAGCGGGAGAUGGAAAUACGAAGGCAGGCCCUGGAGGAGGAGAGAAGAAGGAGAGAGGAACUGGAGAAACGUCUGCAGGAGGAGACAAGCAGGAGACAGAAACUUGUGGAAAGAGAGGUGAAGCUCAGGGAGAAACAGAGAUCGCAGUCGCGGCUGCUGACUCGCUACCUUCCUGCGAGAAAAGAUGACUUUGACCUUCACGGUCACAUUGAGGCAGCUGGACACAACCCAGACGCCUGCUUCCAUCUGGCCAUCACCGAUAAAACUUGCCGAGGAUUCCUGGUCAAAAUGGGCGGAAAGAUCAAGACGUGGAAGAAACGUUGGUUUGUCUUUGACCAGAAUCGAAGAACGCUCACAUAUUAUGCAGACAAACACGAGAACAAGAUGAAAGGAGUCAUUUACUUCCAAGCCAUAGAGGAGGUGUACUAUGACCAUUUAAAGAAUGCACACAAAAGCCCCAAUCCUUCUCUGACGUUCAGCGUAAAGACCCAUGAUCGGGUGUACUACAUGGUGGCGCCGUCUCCUGAGGCCAUGCGUAUCUGGAUGGAUGUAAUCGUGACGGGCGCUGAAGGACACAUGCACUUCAUGGUGUAGCACUCCACCUUAUCGUUUAUUUUCCUAACCACUGAGUGAAAUACUUUUCAGCUCUCUGCACAUGUCAGAUUUAUGGCAAACAUGUGUGGAUCUGCGAGGGAUUUUAAUCAGGUCAACCAAACAUUAGUUUCUGUGUACAAUCAUAGAAAUUCACUGAUGAGCGUGAAGACAAUCCGCCCUUGUGCACGCUUUAUUAUGCAGUUGUGUAUAAAAGACUAAACGUGUUUAGAGUUUGGUCUUAAAAGUAAGCUGUUAAGGUUUUUUUUUUUCUCCAGGUGUUUAUGUUUUAUGAGAAGCUAAAAGGUCACGGCAGGUAAUUUUGCUUUUUUCUGAUCAGGGAAGCUUCUAAAUGAUGAAACCCUCAACAUGCGCUGAUGGUUCUGCCCAAAACAAAUUAGUUGUCUUGAAAAAAACUGUCUUUUGCAAAUAUUAGAUGAUUUAAAAUACAUCCACUUUUAUACUUUUAUUUUUGUCUUCAACAUGACUGUGCAACUGUUUUAAACCACCCCUCUUUUUGUAUUGCUUUUAAAGCUAACCUUCAACAUGUUUGAAAUCAUUGUCCAGCCUUUCUCAAAGUUUUCUGCUUUGGACUCAAUAUAUAAAAUAUUUCCUGACUAGAUGAACAUUAUGUGACAGUCGUGUCUUAAAAAAACAGGAAACGUUUCAGCACAGAUCUAAAACGCCUCCGUUUCAGCUAAUAGCUUGUAGGAAUCACCUUGUCGAAGCUAAAAUACCAAUUGUUGUCUUUUAACAUGUUUUAGCCUGCAUACAUUUCAUAGAUUUAGUCAAAGAAAUGAGGUUGUUUCCAACAGGCUGCUUCUGAGACAUUUUCUGCUAUUUGUAGACAAAACACUAGUUCAUCUAAUGAAUUUUAGGGCUUGAAAGUCUUUCUUUUGUGACAUAGAAAAGAAACCAACAAAAAUUGUCUCUAAAUAUUCUGACACAAAAUAGACACGGUAGUUCCUUAAAAGACCUCCAGAAAAUAAGAAGUAGUACUCUAGACCACUUUUGGAUACAACAUGAAAGGCUAGCACAAUAUUUUUUUACAUAUUGUUCAUGCUGUUUAACCGUUUAUGUAAUUGGCAAGGACAAACGGGUGCAACAUUGUUAAGUGGAAGGUAAAAUGAGAUAGAUUUUGCCAUAUAUUUAAAUAAAAACUGAAACGUCUUGUGUGCUAUUGCAGGUUGUAUUCAGUCCCAAUAUUUGUAGAACCACCUUUCGCUGUAAGUCUUUGGGAGUCUUUGGGAGUUGGUCUCUACCAGUAUGGAGUAGACUAAAAGUUUUGUCCAUUCUUUGCCAAAAUGUUCGGAUUCAGUCAGGUUGGAUGGAGAGCUCACAAAAAACCUCUGAGGCCUUCACGGCACAGCUUUAUUUACCCUAAAAACAAAUGAAUUCUCUGUAAGAAUUUGGUGACUUCUGAAUCUAAGCGGUUGCAGUGCCUUAGGGGUAUGAGAGUAAAGGGGGCUGAAUGUAAAUGCAGAGCACACUUUGCAGAUUUGUAAGACAAUUUGAAAAGGAUGUGUCCUUUUCUUUCCACUUCACAGUUAUGCCCCAUGAUGUGUUGGUGUAUAACAUAAAAUUCUAAUAAACUACAUAAAAAUUUGUUGUAAUGAGACAAAAUUAAAAAAAGUCCAAAACAUGAAUCCUUUUUACUGUAUGUAAAUAAAUGAGGAGCAACCAAAGACUUUUGCACAACACAGUACUUUUCUACUCCUAAUGGUAUUUUUCAGUGUUUUUAUUUCACAGCCAGACUUAUCAUGGGUAUCUUAUUUGGAUGUCAGGAUGAGGAAGUGCCCAUCCACUCUCUCUCUCUGUAUAGUCAUAACAAUGCACCUUUUGUUUAGCUCAAGAUUAUAAAUCAGUGCAUUUUACUUGUUUCAACUGCUGACCUUGUCUGCUUACCUUAUGACAGGAUUGAAUGUCCACCAUUAUUCUUCUUUUGCACCUCUUUCCUUACCAUAGAAAUCAUUGUCCUUUACAGAAAUUGGAAUCAUGAAAAAAAGAUGAUUAGAGAUUACUUGCAAAUGCUGUCUAAGGCAUAAAGCCAUCAAACAGCCAAAAUCACAGUAGCGCUUUAUUUUAUGCUGUUCAGCUAGCUCCCCCUCUCUGCAGUUGAUGCUGCAGGUCUGAUGGGGCCAUGUUGUGCAGCAACGAUGCUGGACGUUCCUGCGUCACCCAUGUGUUUUUAACACUAUUGCAUUUCAGUGUGUUCCACCAGCAGAGGUCCUCAGUGCAGAGUGAUUGCACCAGAAUGACGUAAUGCUCUGCCCAGUAACCCCAGACUCAUUGAUAUUGACGAGCAGUUUCUGAAGGAACAUAUGCUUUAUCAUCAGUAUUAUUUAUGCUAUAUAAGCAGUUAUGAGCACAUGUAUACUAAGCUUAAGAUUAGCCUUUUAGUAGUUUUUGUUAUUAUUAUUUUUGUAUAUUCAUAAACUGAUUUCAACAGUUAAAAAUGCUUGACAAACUGCAGGGCUCGCUGUUUACCCUGUUCUGUUUAAGUGUUAAUUAUCUCCUGCAGAGAGCAGAUCAGAGAGUUGAGCUGACAGUGUUACAGAUAUGUUUUUUCCUUCAUCAUCUGACAAGUAAACAUCUCAUUUUCAUCCAAGCCUUGAAAGAAAAUAAAUGAUAGCAUUUAUAAAUUUUUUUAAUACAUUUAUUGUUUUGUAUUUUGUAUAUAAACACAUUACAAUUGUAGCUAAUGCAAUAAUUCAAGUUUUUAUACUCAACCUGUGUCAUGAAUAAAUACUUGUGACCACAA